UACGAAACGGAAGCUAACUCUAGCGGCGUUUGUUGUACCUGUGCUGCUGUAGUGUAUGUGUGUAACUAUGUGAAUUAUAUAUAUAUAUUCUUUACUUAGUACAUGUUUUUAUGGUUGGCACUCCCUCGCCGGUGCAGUAGAUGUCAGACGGCUGGCCUAGUUAAGAAGAUAUCUCGGGGGCUUAAUGCUGUCCAGUCCUGUCCUGCCUGGUCCUAAAUGUCAGUAUGGAUGAAGAAAACCUCGAAGCAGCCAUUGCCACCUAUGGUGCCCAGUUGCGGCAGGUAGAGACAGCCCUGUCAGCUGGCUUGGACCCCUCCCAGCAGUCAGACCUGCUCAAACUAAAAGAGGACCUUUGUCAGCUAAUAGAGCUUACUGAGGCCAGUCUGGUGUCUGUCAAAAAGAGCCGGCUUCUGGCGAGCCUUGAGGACAAUAAUGGUGUGCUGGCACAUACCUCAGGGGCAGCAGCUGACACAAACUGCAGUCUAGACACAGAGUUUGCUGCUUUUUACUCUGAGCUCGGGGAGUGUUCAGAUAGCAGCAUUGAUAAUAGAGGGAGGAACAAGGAGGGGGAUGGUGGAGUAGAGGAUGGUGAAGACGAAGAAGAAGAGGAGGAGGAGGAAGAAGAAGAUGCACUCUGUGGAACCAAAGUGAGAGCACCUUACAGGACAGCAUGGGGAACACUGGAGUAUCACAAUGCCAUGGUGGUGGGGGCAGAACCACCAGAUGGAGAUGAGGCACAAGUAAGAGUGCUUUAUGUCUACCCCACCCAGAAGUCUAUGAAACCUUGUCCAUUCUAUCUAGAAGACAAAUGUCGCUUCCAGGAUAACUGCAGAUUUUCCCAUGGUGAAGUGGUGUAUGUGUCAGAGCUCAGAGAGUUUGUGGAGUGUGACCUCAGUAAUCUUGAAGAAGGCUCGUCCUGCUUGGCUCGACACGAGGACGGCAUCUGGUACCCAGCAAAAAUCAAAGAAAUAGACAGUGGUUUCUACACUGUGAAGUUUGACUCACUCCUGCUGAAAGACGCUGUGGUCGAGGCUGACUGUGUUAUCCCGCCUUUGAGGGAAGACGACCCGCUCUCCUCUGACUCUGACCUGGAAGAGACUGGAGAUGAUGUGGCUUAUGCAAAAGUUAUCGACUCUGCUGUAGAAUCCACAGAGAAGUUAAAUACUGCUAAUUUUGGUGGCUGGGAGGCUCACACCAGAGGCAUCGGAUCCAAGCUUAUGCUCAAAAUGGGCUAUGAAUAUGGGAAAGGCUUAGGAAAGAUGCAGGAGGGUCGAGUAGAGCCAGUCAUGGCAGUCGUCCUACCCAAAGGUAAGUCUCUGGACCAGUGUGCCGAGUUCACCCAGAGACGCACCCAGAGCAAGGCCGCAAAAGAUGGCACGCUGAAGGGCAAGCCAAAGAAACGCAGAAAGCCUCAGGCUGCCACAGGAGGGCGCCACACCGUCUUUGACUUUCUCAACCACAAGCUGGCAGGCAAGAGCAUGGAUCCUGCUGAGGGGGGUGCUGCUGCGCCGUCAGCAGUGACUGGUGUGGAGGCUUACAGGGGAGGGGAAAGCACCAAGAGGAAUUUGAAUGUGAGGCUGUUCCAGGCUGCUCAGAGGGUGUCCCAGACAGAAAAAGAGAUCCAGAAACUGACCGAGUCACUCAACAGGAAAACUGGCAGGGGCGCAUCCACAGUGAAGCAGCUGGAAGAGAAGCUGUCAGCGGCCCGCCGGCUGCUGGCCCAGCAGAAAGCCCAGGAGCUGUCCAUCCAGAGAGAGCACAAGAAGGCUGACACACACAAGAAGAUGACUGAGUUCUAAGCUCACUUAGCUCAAAGACUUGGAGGAUAAAGGGAGGCACUGCUGCCUGAAAUGAACCUUUGUCCCUUGCCUGUUGUCAGUUUACUACACUGUAUUUUAAGACAUUUUUUAGCAUUAUUUCUCACCAAAUUGUGGAUUUGAGCAGGCAGUGGAACCCACUUUAUACAGAAUGGAUUAUAUGCUGAAGAUCAUUUCUGUCUUUCAAGUAUUUUCAAGGACUGGGCAGUUGUUCUGCUCAAUUUAAAUUGUACAACUCACAUUCAUUUAAAAGACAUUUUUUUAUUUGUGAUGAACAUUUUGUUUCAGUGUAUAUUCAGCACUAAAAACCAUGUGUUUGGAGAAUUCA